AUGUGCAAAAAUAAUGAUAUCUUUAAACUUAUUUCCAGUGAUGAACACUUCCUUCAAUAUAUUUGCACCCCAAAGAAUCUCGUCAAAUAUGAAAUAAAAACUAUACCACGUAAAUCUUUUACUGGAUUUCGUUUAACAUAUGCAACACCUUGGGAAAUAUCACAAGCUUCAAAAACAUUACUGUUAGGAGGUAUUCCAAAGUAUUGGUACCAAGAACAACAAAGCCAUUUUUGGAAAUUUUUUACUCGCUGUUAUACAAAGAAAGUAAAAGAAAGAAUGAACAAGUUAACUUUGCAUGGUCAUAAAAGAAUAUAUAAUAAAAAUAUAUAUGCAAUAAUAAAAGGAAACUCCAAAUUUAAUGCUAGAAAGAAAGAUAAAAUACCUAAAAUAAAACUUUUGAAAAAUGUAGUGAAUAGAAACGAAUUAGUUAAUUUUGAUUUUAAUCAACAUAUUUCAUCCUAUUCUACUGAAAAGAAAGAUCCACAAGGUUGGGGCUUUACAGUAUCUUGUAGUAAAAAAUUGUUUAGAAGACACUCUACAGCGACAUCUAUAGCUGCUUAUUCAAGAUUAAACAAAACUUCAGGGAAUAUAAAACGUUCUAAUUCAGAAAAAUUGUCCACUAGAGCAUUAAACGAAAAGUCCAACGAUCUCAAAGAUCACUUUAAGGAUAAUUAUAUGAUAAAUUGGCUGGACAUUAAGUAUUCAGAGAUAAGGAAAAGAAAAAGGAGAUAUAAGCAGUCUUAUAAUAAAAGGCGAUCAAAAUAUUCAAAUAUUAAUAAGUUAAAUCAUUUUAUCAAAAAUAAUAUUGAAAAUAAGUAUAAAUUAUUGAAACUACUAAAGCCAAUAGGGGAAGAAAAUUUAGAAGAAUUUUUGAAGUUAAAUAAUUCAUUACCUGAAAUAAAUAAUUUAAAAUCAAUUGAAAAUAAACAUACUAUUACUAUGAGCAAUAAUAAUGGUGUUAAUCAAUUAAUCUUUAAUAAUAAGAAGUAUAUCACACCUCAAAAAUAUCCAUGUCACAAAUUAUUGUCGAGUGACUUAUUGAUUAUGCAAAAAAUUGGAUUAAUGAACAAAUCACCUAAUAAAACCUUCAAUGAGAAUGAAAAUAUUGAUACAAGAAUUGAGGAACGUUGGUGCGAGUAUUUUGCUAUAUUGACUGAAACGAGUGAUGUAGGUUACCCUUUAAUUAUAAAAUGUUACAAAAAAGAAAAUUACAAAUUCGCUGGUGAUAUACCACAAUCUUGUAAACCUAUUUUGAUAAUAUCCUUAAACUCCUCAUCAAUUAUAAGCUUUUAUAGUUUACUUGAUAAGACUGUUGUUAUUCAGAAUGCUAUGUUUAUUCAUAGUCAUACAGGAGGAAAAAGUUUAAUAAAACAUAUUGAAAUAUUUAUUCUUCAAUGUAAACUGGUAAGCACUUCCUUUCAGUGGUUCAAUACUUUGAACCAAUAUUUCAAAAAACUAAGUAUGACUAGAACUAUUACCGUGAAAAUACCAGAGAUUAAAUUAGCGUUAAAUAUAAAAAUAAAUUUAGUUAUAUUUAGAUUUCUAGAAAUGAUAGAAAAACAGGAAAGAAAUAUAGUUAAAUUGGCAUUUUUGGAAGGAGGCCUCUACGUGUUUCCAUGUGCAUUAGUAAGAUAUUUUUAUAUUAUUAUUUUGAGGAAACUAACUAUUCAAACUAAAAUAAAGCAAUUUCAAAAUUUAAGCAAUUUAUAUAGUAAUGCAGGAUGUAAUCUGAAGAUUAAUAAUAGAAUUGAAUUGUACCCUAGCAAUGAUUCAGCAUUUUUAAAAAAUUACUUUGCCUUGUUUAACAGUCAUCAACUAGAAUAUAGAAAUUGGAGUCAUAGCCUAUGUUAUUAUGAAGGAGGGAAAGUGAACAUAACCGACGAACCGACUCCUAUAGAAGGUUUUUUAUUAAAAAUUAAUUGUGAUAAGGACAUUUAUUUCAAUAUGUUCAAAAAGGAAAAAUUUAAGCUUUAUUACAUCUUCACUUCUGACAAUUUACUUUUUUGUACAAGUUCAUAUAAAUGUUCACCAUUACUACCCAGGGAUAUCAAAACUGAUAAAAUGGGUUCUAUACUAAAUAUUGCCUCACAAAGAGGAAAACUAGACAAAAUUCCAUUAGUUUACAAGGAGAUGCCCUAUGAUUUAGAUAGAAAUGGAUUAUUUAAGUGGCUUACUCCUUCCUUCAAGAAUGAGCAGUUCAAGAAUAAUGAUUAUUUUGCAUUCAAAUGCUAUAAUACUAAAUUAUUAAGAAUAUUAAAAUCUGAUGGAAUAAUCAACAUGAACGAUAUUGAAAAUGUAACGUAUGCUACUGAUGUCGAUCCAACCACUUUAAAGACUUUAGCAGCUGCGUACCACACAUUUUGGAAAAAGGAAAGUAAUGCUUUCUGUUUAAAACAUUGUUUACUAAAGAUAAUAAUGAAAAACCAUAAAAUUAUUUAUUUAAUGGGACCCACAUUGCAAGUAACAAAAAUUUGGAUUGUGUCAUUGAAUAAUAUGAUGAAAUAUUGGAAUUAUGAAAAUUUUAUUAAUUCACAGAAAUUAAGGGAAUUGCAAACUCAAGAUUCAAAACAGACAAACUCUAUAGAAAUGCAUAAAUGUGCAACAUCUUCUUUAUUAACUGAACAUACUUUAAAUAAAAAAAAAUUUGAUAUAAAUGAUAUAUCAUUGUUACGACCAAUAAUCCAGAAAGGGAUAUUAUUCCAAAAAGUCAGAAAACAUUCUUCCUUCCAUAAAUAUUUUGUGAUUUUAAUUCCUGGGUUUAUAAUGUUAUUUUCUCUUACAUAUUCAUCCAAAAGAAAUCUGUUAUACCAAUACGAACACUACCAAACGAUUUCUAUUGAAAAUUGUUAUGCUUAUUCUGGAACUGCUUGCUCUUCGGAUUUAAUCAACGAUGAUUUUACGUUUGAUUCAGCUAAUCCAGGAUAUCAUACGACCCCAAAGCUAUUUGAAGAUGGAUGGAAUUCUGAAGAGGAGAGUAACAGUCGUUGUUUUUCAAUCUACUUUGGAAGGAAGAAUUCUACUAAGAAUAAGUACAUUAGAAAUCACAAAGAUGUUGGAUACAAUGAUAAUAAAGAAGAUCUUGAUAUAUGCUACAGCAUAAUGAAUAAAAAUCAUAUUAAAAUGCAAUUUCAAUUUAAGAUUAUGACAUUUAUGGCAAAAUCUAGAAAUCACAGAGAUAUAUGGUUGCUUGCGUUACAGCAAGAACUAGAAAGAUUGAAUAGGCAUGGAUAG